CAUGAUUUCAAUACAACAACUUUAAUCUUCAUGUGCCUCAUUAAUAUCGAGCAGCCGAGGGCGGCUUCCCCUUUUAUUUCAUGGAUGGUGCGCUGGGUCAGAAUGCAUGAGUCAGUUGCUAGGGGCGAGAGGGGAAAGCAAGUCACGGAGUCAAUGCGUGCAGGACCAAGAUCCAUAAAAGAUCUACAAAAGCUCUAAAAAGAAGAAUUCUGGGGUAAAAGUUAAACUGGGCCGCCCGUCCUGAUUCAACAAUUGUCAUAUUCACUUCAUUUGACGGCAGCUCGUCGACAUGGCGUGCCGAGUUGCAGAGUUAUUUGUAUACUGUUUGGCUAUCCUCGUAUUCACAGCGCGUUCGCUUGCCCAAGAUAUCUGUGAAAAUAGUCCUACCUCACGAGGCUGCUGGGGCGAGUACAAUAUCUCGACUGAUUAUCACAGUAUCACGCCGGACACAGGGGUUACGAGAGAGUACUGGCUCGUCGCGACGAAUACAACACUCGCCCCCGAUGGCUUCGAGCGACAAGUCCUUACCAUGAACGGGACUCUCCCUGGUCCCUUGAUCGAAGCGGACUGGGGCGACGAGCUCGUAAUCCACGUCACCAACGGCCUCGAGCAUAACGGAACUGCCAUCCACUGGCACGGCAUCUGGCAGCGCAACACAAACCCCUUCGACGGCGUGCCAGGCGUAACGCAGUGCCCCAUCGCCCCAGGGGAGACAUUCACCUACCGCUUCCGCGCAACGCAGUACGGGACCAGCUGGUACCAUUCGCAUUUCUCGCUACAGAUGGCUGAUGGGCUGUACGGGCCUGUUGUUAUCCAUGGCCCUGCGACGGAGGACUAUGAUGUUGACCUAGGGCCUGUCUUUCUGACGGACUGGUAUUGGAAGUCGGUGUUUCUUCUCUGGGAGGAACAUACGAGGUAUGGAGGGUUUCCGGUGAGAUCGAAUGCGGUUCCGCCGACGGGGUUGCUGAAUGGGACGAAUGUUUUUGGGUGUGGUGAGCAACCUUGUACGGGGGAGGUGAAGAGGUCGGAGACGAGCGUGCAGAAGGGGAAGAAGUAUCGGAUUCGGCUGAUUGAUCCGUCUGUGGAUGGGUGGAUGAAGUUUACCAUUGAUGGGCACAAGCUUACAGUUGUCGCUGCGGACUUUGUCCCUAUUGAACCGUAUGAGACGGACGCGGUGAUCUUGACUUCUGGCCAGCGGUAUGAUGUGAUUGUGGAGGCGAAUCAGGAUAUUGGGAAUUACUGGAUGCGCGCGGUCUAUCAGACUGCGUGUAAUGGGCUGGAUAUUGAUAAUGACGAUAUCAGGGGGAUACUCCGGUAUGAGGGUGCUGAUAUCGCAGAUCCAACGACGUCGCAGUGGAAGAUCAGCAACUCGUGCGGCGAUGAGCCGUAUGAUAAACUCGUUCCGUAUGUCAAGAAAACAGUUGGCAAUGCGGCAGCACAGAAGAAUCUGAAUGUGGGAUGGAAAUACGACCUGCCUGAGCUGUUCUUCCACUGGACGCUGAACUCGAAGCACCUGACGAUCGACUGGAGCAGUCCGACGGACUAUCUGGCGUACAAGAAUGAAUCGGCGUUUCCGACGGAGUCCAACGUCUACGAAGUUCCUAACAAGAAUCAGUGGACAUACUGGGUGAUUCAGGACGUCGGCCUUGUCAACGCCUACCACCCAUUCCACCUCCACGGACACGACUUCUUCAUUCUGGCGGAGGGACUGGGACUGUAUACACCCCUGGUAAAGCUAAACCUCGAUAAUCCCCCUCGAAGGGACACCGCCACGAUGGCUGGGUCGGGGUAUCUUGUCAUUGCAUUUGAAACUGACAAUCCAGGCUCCUGGCUGAUGCAUUGCCAUAUUGCAUGGCAUGCGAGUCAGAGUCUCGCACUGCAGUUCGUUGAGCGCGAGUCGGAGAUUGGGACGCUGAUUGAGCCGAUGGUGGAUGAGUUUGAGAGCGUCUGUGACAAGUGGGGUGAGUAUCAUAAGGAUUCUGUAUAUCAUCAGGACGAUUCCGGGAUAUGAUAUCAAAGUAUAUUAAGAUAAUUGCAAAUGCUACUAAAAGAUGUGACCAUCAGUUCUUCACAUAAUCACAUCCCAGCACGUCUUCUAGCCACUUGUACGCUGCCCCGAGACUGGCUGGACAUCCCAUAUGGGGAAGGCCAGGAAAGAACCUACUACAUCAGUACAGUCUGUAAACCGGGAGGCUGACUUACCUUCCCUCCUUAGGGCUCCCAUAGCUAAACAGCAGAUAGCAGUCUUCAAUAGGCGUUACCCCAUCAUCGAUACCCUACACCGUCAGCUCCGUAUAGGAUAAAAGACAUCACUUACAUUCAAAAGCAGCAGCCUUGUAGAAGGCAAGUCCAGAA